AUGAGUCAUCAAAUCAUCUUCGACAGUUGUCACCCGGCAGAGCAGAAAAAUGGCGACUUUGCAGCUCUCUAACGGUUGUCACUUGACGGAGAGGAGCUGGAUGAAAGUGGGGCGCGUGUCAGGGAGCUUCAUCCUCAGGUUUAUGCAACAAGAGGAGGCUCUUCAUCGCAUCUGGUAUGCUCUUAGGAGGUGGCGACUUGUCUCUCGCCAGAUUGUCCUCUUUCUGACGACAGCUUGUUUGUUGACCAAUUAGAGCUACUUUACUCGAUGGAUUUGCGAUCCUUUUAUCACGAAUUGUUCAACAAUUUUAGUUACAAUGCUUCAUGAAUUAUGUUGAUGAGAUUUUCAUUGAUGAUCGAGCAAUUUUGGUUGGUUAAUCCUUCACCGGUGAUCUGCAGGAAAGUCGUGAUAAUCAGAUGAAAAAAAUAUGAGUUUUGGCUCUAAGAGGAUUUGAACCCACAUCGGUUACCCUGCCCUAUCUAGGGAAGGUGACACGGGUUUAGUCCCACAUCAAUUGUGCACUGAAGUUUUUGACAAAUAUAUAGUAAUAUUAAAUUUUCAAUCAAGUCCCUUUCUCGCACGUGUACAACGACUCCUUGCCCCACAGCCAGUUGGCCACUAGUGACAUGGAAGGGGAGUGGUGCACACAUGCCCCCAUCAGUUCAAGCUGCUCGAGCCCCUGCUCAUGGCUCCUACCCAACUUGCUUCCGACCCGCUUGUGGGCCGCGCUGGCCAGUGGGUCCCCCCCAUUUUGCUAUUUUUAUUUUAAUUUCUUUUCCUUCAUUUAUCUCAAAAGUAAGACUAUAAAAAUUAUAUAAAAUCAUAUAAAAUCACAUAAUUACACAAAAAUUCAUGUUAAUCAAUUGAAAACCACUUUUCACACUUUAACACAAAUAUAUGUCUAUUUAUUAUGAGUUAAGGCUAAAACUAUAUUAUUUACUAAUUAUUAACUCAUGAUAAUGAAAACUUAUCAUGAACCGUUUAACAAUUUUAGUAAAAAUGCUCCACGAAUCACAUUGAUGAGAUUUUUGCCGAUGAUCCAAAAAUUCUUGCUGUUUAAUCCUUCACUAGUGAUUUGUAGGAAAGUCACGAUAAGUAGAUAAAAUAUAAGUUUUGGCUCUUAGAGGAUUCAAACCCUUGCCAAUUGUCUACUUGUAUGAGAGAGAUUGAAAUAAGUGCUUUAAUACCCUUAUCAAGUGACAUCAUCAUGGUAUAUUUCUAUUAUAACUAAGAAGUAUUUUAGGUAUUAAAAUCUUCAAACCUUUUCAGAGGAAGGUGUGACACAAGUUUAGUCCCACAUCACUUAUGCGUCAAAGUUUCUAGCAAAUGUAUAGUAAUAUCACAUUGUAAAUAAUGAGUCCCUUUCUCCCACACGUAGGACCACUCUUUGCCCUAUAGCUAGUUGGCCACUAGUGACAUGGAAGGGGAAUGGCACACACAUGUCCCCAUCUGUCUUACCCACUCGAGCCUCUACUCACAGCUCCUCCUUAACUGUGCUUCCAACUUGCUUGCAGGCUUGGUUGGUUGGUUGGUAGGUUCCCCUCAUUUUGUUAUAUUUUUAUUUUUAUUUCUUUUUCUUUAUUUAUCUAAAAAAUACAAUUAUAAAAAUUAUAUAAAUUCAUAGAAAAUCACAUAAUUAGCCAACAAAUCACAUUAAUCAAUUGAAAAUCACUUUUCACAUUUUAACACAAAUAUAAGUCUAUUUAUGAUGAGUUCAGGCUAAUAAUAUAUUAUUUACUAAUUAUUAACUCAUGAUAAUGAAGACAUCAACAUGACUCUUUGUAUAUUGCUAGAUCACAUAGCACUCUAGAUAGUUGCAUUGAAAUAGAUGAAAACAUUUAGUCCCACAAUAGAAAUAUAUCAGACACAUGUGCUGAAUAUAAACUAAAGCUUCUCUCUCUUAGUAGAGAUCCCUUCCCUUGAAAUAAAAUAAUUCCUAGGACCAUUUUGAGAGAAAACAAUAAGGUGGUUUGCCCUCAUGCACGCGCAUGUGUAUAGGUGCUCCUUGCUCAAUUGAUCAAUUGGCCACUGAUAAGUCUUCAUUAUCAUGAGUUAAUAAUUAGUAAAUAAUAUAGUUUUAGCCUUAACUCAUGAUAAAUAGACUUAUAUUUGUGUUAAAGUGUGAAAAGUGGUUUUUAAUUAAUUAACGUGAAUUUUUGGGUAAUUAUAUGAUUUUAUAUGAUUUUUAUAGUCUUACUUUUGAGAUAAAUGAAGAACAAGAAAUAAAAAUAAAAUGAGGGGACUCGCCGGCUAGCUGGGCCCGCAAGCAGGUUGGAAGCUCAGUUAGGGAGUAGCCACGAGUAGGGGCUCAAGUAGCUUGGACCGAUAGGGGCACAUGUGUGCCAUUCCCCUUCCAUGUCACCAGUGGCCAGUCAGUUGUGGGGCAAGGAGUGGUCGUACACACGAGAGAAGGAACUUUGCUUAGAAAUCUAACAUUACUAUAUAUUCGCCUGAAAAAUUGGCGCACAACCGAUGUGGGACUAAACCCGCAUCACACCUUCCUCAAAAGAGGCGAAUGACUGGCAUAGGUUUGAGUCCUUCUAGAGUCAAAAGUAAUAUAUUUUUAUAUAAUUAUCGUGACUUUCUUGCAGAUCGUCGGUGAAGGAUUAAGCAACGAGAAUCGUUAGAUCAUCAGCGAAAACUUCGUCAACACGAUUCGUGGAGCAUUGCUACUAAAAUUGCUGAACAAUUUACGAUAAAAGGAUCGUGAAUCCAUUGAGUAAAUCAUCUCCGAUUGAUCGAUGAACAAGCCAUUGUUGGGAAGAGGACGAUCUGCCGAGAGACGAGUCGCCACCUCUUGAGAGCGUACCGGAUGCAAUGAAGAGUCUCCUCUUGCUGUGCAGACUUGAGGAUGAAGCUCCCUAACAUGCGCCCCACCUCCAUCCAGCUCUUCUCUGUCGGGUGAUAGCCACUAGAGAGCUGCAAAGUCACCGUUUUUCUGCUCCGCUGGGUGAUAGCCGCCAGAGACGAUUCGACGACCCAUUUUAUUAAUCUCUAGACUUUGCAAGGAGAUCUAGAGAUUGCCCAUGUCAGCUUUGUCCAAGGAGGGCCUUCGAGGCCGUGGACACUACAUGAUGAUCCUCCCGAAUGCUUAAGAUUCCAGUGCAUCGCCGACGCAUCACCGUCGCGAUGCCGGAACUUUGUUUUCUUGCUUUCAAUUUACUUUACGCUUCAUUUAGUGAUAAUUUUGUGUUUUUAAUUUAUCAAAGUAUACUUUGUUCAAUUACAAUUCUUCUGGCUUUUACAGAUCUUAAUUUGAUUAAUUAAAUCAUUUGUAAUUGCUUACAUAAGAAUCGCCAAGCGAAACUCUAUUUUCGCCCAAUUCACAUUCGCCGGGCACUAACAUCAUCUUGAUAUUGGCACACUUAUUUUCUUUUUUUGUAAAUUUUAAAUAUAUUUUCUUUUCAAUUCUUAGUAUAUAAUUCAUAGAACAUUGUAUUAUGAAUAAUUACUAGAUAUUAUAUUACAUCCUUGUGAUCGACCUAGAAAAUCACUACUAUUUUUGGAAGUUUUAUUGAAUUAUAAUUGAUAUAUUUAUUUAUAAAUACUUCUAAAUAUCUAAAAAUUCAUAUUUUCUAGUUUUAUAAAUUUAAUAUUUACGUGAUUUAAUAUACAACGACUGAGUCACAUCAAAUUUUGGUACUAUUGUUGGGAAUGUAUUGCAUAAUAUUUAGUAUUUUUCUAUUUUUCUCUUAGAGUACACAAAAAAAUUUAACUCUUUGUUUUAUUUUCUUUUUGUCGAUUUUUUUUUUAGAAAAAGGGAAUGAAAAGAAGCAAGACAAGGAAUGGAGCAUACUGAAGGAGGGUAACAAUUACUAAAUUUUUCUCUCGAAUUUAUUGUAUUUUAUGCAUGGUAGAAGAUCCUUGCAUCCAAGGCUAGAAAAUCCUUUCAUUAUUUCAUUCAAAAAUAAAGAUCCGAAAGAAAAAUUAAUUUUGAUAGAUCCUGAAGGAAAUACAGGCCAAAUUGAGAACAAUUCUAUGGCCAUGAAAAAUUAUUAUAUCCCUAAUUCAUUUCAAAGAGCAUCCAAUAUUACAGUCCCAUUAGCACCCACUGUUAAAUUCGAAAUAAAUUGAAGAAUUUUUUAAAUACUCCCUAAUUUUCAUGGAUUGCCUUUAGAAGAACCUCAUCAGCACUUAGAAAAAUUUCAUAUGGUCUGUGAUUUAGUUAAUCUCCUUCAAGUUACACUAGAAAUUAUUAAAAUGAAAUUAUUCCCUCAUACACUUAGGGACAAAGCUAGUCAUUAGCUAUCCAUGUUCGAUAGAGAAUUAACUAGCUAGAAAGAUAUAGAACAGGCCUUUCUUUAAAAAUUUUAUCCCUUAGGAAAAACUCAAAAUAUAAAAAAAACAUAUAUGGAGUUUUUCUCAAAGACCAGGAUAAACUUUGCAUGAGACAUGGGAAAAAUUCAAAGAUUUACUUAAAAAGUCUCCUCAUCAUGCUAUACCCAAGUGACAGCUCAAUAGAAUUUUUUAUGAUGGAUUAUUAGAACAACAUAGAAAUAUGGUUGAUUCUAUAUGUGGAGGAGCAUUUAUGGAGAAAACUCUUGAUGAGAUUUACAAUCUUUAUGAGAAUUUAAGUGAAAAUUCUAGAGAUCAAGUCUCUUUUGAAUUAUAUGACAAGGAUAAGAAGAGAGAAAUUUAUGAAUUGCAUCAUGAUGAUGAUUCUAAACUUAGAAAUGAGGUUAAUUAGAUUAAUCAAAUAUUAGAAAAAAUUGAAUUACUUAUUGACAAUAUUAGAAAGCCUUUUAAGCCUCAAUUUAAUUCGAAUAGUACAUGUCCUAUGUAUGGUGAAAAUGAUUAUUCUGAAUUUCAAUGUUAUAAUUUAGAUCAAUCAUUUCAACCUAGGCAAGAACAAGUGCAAGUAGCUCACAGUUUUAAUAGAAAUAGGGAACCUUUUUCAAAUUUUUAUAACCCUAAUUAGAGGAAUAAUUUUUCAUCGAGAGACCCAAAUAAUAUUCAAAAUCCAAAAGCACUUAGAUCCAAUUCACAUUUUGAAUUUUGUCCAAAAUAGGAACAUACAUUUCAAAAAAAUCAGUCCUCUCAAAUUCAACCUGAUGCUAUGGAAAUGAUGCAGCAAAUGAGCCAAAUGAUGCAACAAACUAUGAAUCAAAUGAUGCUGCACUAGAAACAAAUUAUAGAGACUCUUAGGAAUAAGAGAGAAGAGGGAUAGCUACCUAGUCAGCCCAUAGAAAAUUCAAGAAACUAUCCAACAAUAAGAUUUCAGCAAGGAGAGUCUAGCUGAAUAAAUUUAGAAAAAAACUCAUGAAAUGAAAAUGUUAAGUCAGUGAAUAUAUUGAGUGAGAAUAUUUUACCUAAUCCUUAUUUCUAAUUAUUAGAUAAAAUUAAUGAGCCAUUAGAAGUAAAUGAGAACAUUAAGGCUGAAAAUAUAGUAGUAGAAAAUUUGAAUAAAAUCAUUUAUUGCUCACAAUUGAUGAAUGAAUAUAGUGAGGAUGAUGAGGAGAAAGACCCCUUAGAUGAAGAGACAACAGCUGAUCAUGGAAAAAUCAUCCAAAUUUUAGUAGAAGGGAGUAAGGACACAAAUGAAGAAAAAUAUAUUUCAGGUGAGGAAAAAUGAGUUGAUUUAGGAGAUGUAGGAGACGACAUUAAUAAAUCUAAUCAUAAUUUUCCAGCCAUGGAUGUUGAUAAUGAUGUAUAUCAUACCUCAAAAUUAAAAGAUAGCUCUUAGGAAGAUGACGAAUUUGAUGAGUUGAGAAAUGAAAAGCUAGAAAAAAAGUUGAUUCAACUAAUGGUGAGAAACGAAAAUAAUGAAUAUGAGUAUAGAGAUAAUUUUGGAGGAGAAAAUUAAAAUUUUACUGAAUUCAUUAGAUCUAAGAUUAAAGAAGAAAAUCCUUCCAUCCUUCAAAACUCACAGCUCAUUAGAAUUAUUUCUAAGCUUGAAAUAUUUCACUCCUUGCAAAUUGAACAAAUAUGUAUGGAAGAUAAAAUGGAGUAGGGGAGGUGAUAAGUCUUCAUUAUCAUGAGUUAAUAAUUAGUAAAUAAUAUAGUUUUAGCCUUAACUCAUGAUAAAUAGACUUAUAUUUGUGUUAAAAAAUGAUUUUUGGUUUUCAAUUGAUUAACAUGAAUUUUUGGGUAAUUAUGUGAUUUUAUACAAUUUUUACAGUCAAACUUUUGAGAUAAAUGAAGAACAAAUAAAAAUAAAAAUAUUGCAAAAAUGAGGGGAACCCGCCGGCCAGCCGAGCUCGCAAGCGGCAAGUGGGUCGGAAGUGCAGUCGGGGAGUAAGCCGCGAGCAGGGGCUCAAGCGACUUGGCUUGGGGACUGACAGGGCAUGCGUACGCCACACUCCCCUUCCACGUCACCGGUGGCCAGCUGGCUGUGGGGCAAGGAGUGGUCAUACACGCGAGAGAAGGGACUUUGCUGAGAAAGCUAACACUACUAUAUAUUCACCCGAAAAAUCGGCGUACAACCGAUGUGGGACUAAACCCCCGUCACACCUUCCUCAGAAGAGGCGAGCGACCGGCGUGGGUUCGAACCCUCCCAGAGUCAAAAUUCAUAUAUUUUUAUCUGAUUAUCACGACAUUCCUGCAGAUCGUCGGUGAAGGAUUAAGCAACGAGAAUCAUUGGAUCAUCGGCAAAAAUCUCGUCAACGCGAUUCGCGGAGCAUUGCUACUAAAAUUGCUGAACGAUUCACGAUAAAAGGAUCGUGAAUCCAUCGAGUAAAUCAUCUCCGAUUGAUCAACGAACAAGCCGUCGUCAGGAAGAGGAUGAUCCGCCGGGAGACCAGUCGCCACCUCUUGAGAGCGUACCAGAUGCGAUGAAGAGCCUCCUCUUGCUGCGUGGACCUGAGGAUGAAGCUCCUUGACAUACGCCCCACCUCCAUCCAGCUCCUCUCUGUCGGGUGACAGCCGCCGGAGACGAUUCGACGACCCACUUCAUUGAUUUUUAGACUUCGCGAGAAGAUCUAGAAAUUGUCCACAUCGUCUUUGUCCAAGGAGAGCGUUCGAGGCCGUGGACACUACACGACAACCCUCCCGAACGCUUAGGAUUCCGGUGCAUCGUCGACGCAUCGCCGUCGCGACGUCAGAGCUCUGUUUUCCUGCUUUCAAUUUAAUUUACGCUUUAUUUAGUGAUACUUUGUGUGAUUUUAAUUUACCAAACUAUACUUCGUUAAAUUACGAUUCUUCCGGCUUUUACAGAUCUUAAUUUGAUUAAUUAAGUCGUCUGUAAUCGCUUACGUAAGAAUCGUCGGGCAGAACUCUGUUUUCACCUGAUUCACGUUCACCGGGCGCUGACAUCAUCCUGACGCCCGCACCCUUAUUUCCUUUUUUUUUCGUGAAUUUUAAAUAUAUUUCCUUUUUAUUUCCUAGUAUAAAAUUCGUAAGAAAAUCGUAUUCAUUGAGAAUAAUUCUGAAUAAUUACCAGAUAUUAUAUUACAUCCUUGUGAUUGACUUGGAAAAUUACCGCUAUUUUUUGGAAUUUUAUUGAAUUAUAAUUGAUAUAUUUAUUUAGAAAUACUUCUAAAUAUCUGAAAAUUCGUAUUUUCUAGUUUUACAAAUUUUAUAUUUGCGUGAUUUAAUAUAAAACGACUGAGUCAUGUCAAGAGGAUACAAAAUUUAUGCUAAAUUUGAAAAAGAAUAUCAUGAAACUUACCUUGGGAUAUCAAUAUAUUUUGAUGGCCAUAGAUCAUCUUAUAUGAUCUUAGAGCUGUCCAGCUAGCGACAUUAAUUGCAACAUUGCAUGAUAGGCAACCCAUGGUUUUUAUUUCAUUAUGUUUGAUUUUUUUUUAAGCUCUAUUUUUCUUAGUAUUUUGCAAUACUUGUUUCUGUAUUUGUUUUUUCGAAAAAGUGUAGGAGGAGUGUAAGAUGAAGUGGAAAAUUAAAAAUGAGGUUGAGGUGAUGUCUUUCUGAGCUUAAUCAUUUAUGACAACAUUUUUAAUGCUUAACUUUACAUAUAUGUAUACUUCACUUGAAAAUUAUCUUUUCUGCAUAUUUUGUUUCGAUUUUUCUGUGUCAUUGAGGACAAUGUCAUUUUUAAGUUGGGGGGUGAAGUAUUCAUUAUUAAUUUAUGUUGUAGGACAAUAAUGUAUAUUUGAGGAAUAUUUCACAAGUUAUCAUGUAAAUUAUUUUAUUUGUUAUUUAAAUGAACCUCUCUAAAUCUUAAUUUAAAUUGAUAUUUUAUGAAUAAACAAAAAGUUGAUGAGAAUUUAUUUUAUAUCUUGAGGCUUAAUUCUCACUUAUUUUUUAAAAUAAAAUAUUAUUGUGCUAAAUUUUAUGAUUAAUUGAAAUCUAUUUUAUAUAAUUUUUCUAAAAAUUUGAGGCUUUAAAAUAAAUAUAAUUAGAAGACAUCAUUAUUAGAUAUGAUAACAAUCACAUAAUACUUUCAAUAUGGGAUUAACUUUAUAUUCUUUUCAGAUCUAACAGUAGUGUGAUAGUAGUGGUCAAAUCUAAUGCAUGCCAUGAAGCCACAUCACUGUUGCUGUCAUAUGAAAAAGUAGCUCCAAGAUCCAAUGGUGACUGCUAGUAGAUCCCACACUCCAUGUCAUAGCCAUCAAUACAUGAAAAGUAGCCACCAAUCCAACAGUGGCUAUCAUGGCAUCUGAUGCACACAGAUCGUGAUAAAGCACAUGCAAAAGGAGCAAGAGCCGAUGGAGAUCUAACAGUGAUUAUUAGGCCACAUCACCCCUCUUCAGAGCAAAAUCAUAGCACAAGGAUCCAAUAGUCUUCAUCGAACCAUGCUUCGGAGCAUAUAUUUAGAAAUAUCAAUUAUCAUUUGGUAAAACAAACGAUAUCAAUUAUUCCCUCACAUGCACAAAAGGGUAUAUAUUCAAAUAUUGAUUAUCAUCUGGCAAAAUAGAUAAUAUCGAUUAUUACCCCAUGAGAAAAGGGGAAAAUGCUGAAAACUUUAGAGAAAAAUUGGCAAAAUAUGACAGAAAAUAAGAAGUCAAAAUAGAAAAUUCGAUUUGUAGAUCUAUGGGACAAAGGAGGAAGAGGGGAGGGAAAUGGAGAUUUUCUAGAGUUGUUCUUGGGUUGUUCUUGAGAGAAAAUAUUGUUCUUCUUUCUCAUGAGAAAAUAGGAUUCUGAAGAGUGCAUUGUUAAUUUUGAUUGUUCUCCUUUACCCUUUUCACCUUAAAUCCAUUCUAUUGAACUAGAUGCAAGAUUGAGAAGUGCUACCCAGAAGUUGACAUCAAGCCAUGCAUUCAAAGAGUUGUAAGUUUGAUUUUUAAUAGAGUUUUUAUUAUUUUCUUGUUUGAUCUGUGAAAUAAUUUUAUUUUCUUAGGUUAAAUUAUUUAUUUACUUUUUUUCUUCUAUUUUAAUCAAUCCAAAGCAUAUUUAGUUUAUUGAUUUUAAUUCAUUUCAUUUUUAUAUUCGCAUUUAUAUUUAUUUGCCAUUUUAUUUCAUUUAUUGUUUUGAAUAUGAAUUUAAAUCUUCUAAUCAAUUUGUAAUUCUUUAAAUUAGAGGAUAAAAGGAUUUUUAAAAGCUUUCCCCUAAGGAGAUGACCUAGCUCACCACUAUAUCCAUCUAAAAUUCUUAUUAUUAUUUUUGUUGAAUCUAGUUGAACAAGUUAUUAAAAUUGAUUGAUGAUUCUAAUAACGACUUAGAACCACAUCAAUUUUUGGUGCUGUUCUUGGCGAAGGUAAUUUCGAAAUCUUUAAUUCUCUAUAGGAAUUAUUUUUCUAUUUUUCUACAUUUUCUUUUCAUAUCUCAUUUCUAUAUAAAAAAAUAAUUCGUGAAUUAAUGUUGCAUGCUAGGACGGAGGUCAUUAAAACCCAAAUUAGUAGAACUACCUAUAUCUAGAGUUAAAUCAUCUGGCAAUUUGCUUAAUUCACGAAAAGUAGAGGAAAAUAGAGAAAACCCUAGACCUAUUAGAGAUUAUUUUAAUCCACCAUCUGCACUUGAUUUUCAAUAGCAACCUAUUUGCAAGCACAAUAUUAAAUCAGGAAUUUUUCAAUUGCUGCCUAUAUUCUUAUGAUAAAAAUAUUGAAGAUCCAUAUGAUCAUUUGCAAGAAUGUCUUAAGGUUUGUGGGACUGUCAAAGAGGUUGACGAUGAAUUAAAAUUAACAUAGUUUCCUUUUUCUUUGAAAUGUGAUGCUAGCUAUUGGAUUUCUACUUUAGAAAAGGAGAUAAAAUCAUGGCCUGAUUUAGUGCAGGAAUUUCUGAAAAUAUUUUAUCCUAGGGGGAAAACCAUGUUGAUGAGAAAACAUAUUAUGAGUUUUACACAAAACAGUAAUGAACCUUUGCAUGAAGCAUGGUAUAGAUUCAAAGCUAUGAUGAGAAGAUGUCUUCAUCAUGGUAUUCCUAAAUGACAAAUAGUUCAAAUGUUUUAUGAUGGUUUGUCUGCAGCCAACAAGCAAAUGAUUGAUGCAUCAUGUGGUGGCACAUUUAUGAAUAAAAAGGAAGAUGAGGGAUAUUCUCUUUUGGAAGAACUUACUGAUAACUCUUCUAACUAUAUAUCUUCAUCUUCCUUUGAUAGAUCUAAGGGUGGAAUUUAUGAGAUUAGAAAAUCAGAUGAUAAAGAAUGGAAGAGUUAAUUUGAUGAGCUAAAUUCUAAGAUGGAAAAAAUUCUUGCUUUUAGGAAAAAUUUAAGUGACAAACUUACAAAAUUUCUUCAAGUUUGAAUCAUGCUGAAAAUGAAUGUCCUCAAAUUAUUUCUCCAUCAUAUACAUCUGAACAAGUUCAAUUAGCUCAAGAUUUUAAUAAGUCUAAUCAUGAUUUUGUGCAGGCUUCUUAUAACCCUGGAUGGAGAAAUCAUCCAAAUUUUUCAUGGAAAAAUCAAAACAUGUUUAGUGAGCAAACAUCUUCUAGUUAUCCCAACAUGCAGGUUAGACCUCAGCAGCAAAUAUUUCCACCCAUGAAAGGUCAACCACGCCCAUCAAAUUUUCAAGCACACCCACCAUUAGGUCAAGGACCACAAGUCAUGGGAAAAAAUCAAGGCAGUGACAAUAAAUUGAGUGGUUUACAACGGAUCAUGGUUCAACAACAACAAACCAUUCAAAAAUUACAACAACAACAAACUCGACAACAAUCCAUUCAACAAUUGCUGCAGCAACAACAACAAAACAAAUCCAUGCAUCAACUCACACAAAAACCACAUGCAGCUCAACAAUUUAGACCAAGUGGAGGCCAGCUACCAAGUCAACCCAUAGCCAAUCUACAAAAUCAUCCUCCUGGUUUUCAGCAUCAAGCUAACAUGGUAAAUACAAGUUUUGAAGAACCUUUUGUACUAUCUCAAAUGGAAGACAUGAAGGCCAUAUCUCAGCUACGAAAUGGGAAGGUUUUGAGUGAUCGUUACCAACAAAAGGAGGAUGGAAAAGACAUCUCUUCUAUGGACAAAAAUUCAGAAGAUCAAAAACAGAAAAUUAUAGAGGAAGAUGAUGAUUUUAGUGAUGAUGAAGAGGUUGAAAAAUCAAAGGUUGAAGUAAAUAUUGACCCCAAGGAAUAUGUUCCCACUACACCUUUCCUUCAUGCAUUAAAACCAAAAGGUAAAAAGGGAUUGAUUCAUAGUGAUGAGGUGAUGAAAAUUUUUGAGCAAGUGCAGCUCAAGAUUGCUCUCUUGGAUGCCAUCAAUCAUGUACCAAGUUAUGCAAAAUUUUUGAAGGAGAUGUGCACACCUAAAAGAGAAAAAAGAAUCAUCCUUUCAUCACAAUGCAAUUAUUCUUGAUCAAUUGCCCAUGAAAUGUAAAGAUCCAGGUAAACCUCUAAUCUCUUGUAAAAUUGGUGGAAUUACUUUUGAUAAUGCAUUGCUUGAUUUAGGUGCUGGUGUUAAUUUUUUACCUACUGCCAUUGCUGAACAUUUUAGAAUUGGUGAGCUCAAACCAGCCUCUACAAUUCUUCAAGUUGUAGAUAGAUCUACUAGGAAACCUAAAGGAAUAUUAGAAGAUGUAAUUGUCAAGGUAGGUGAAUGCUAUUUUCCCAUUUAUUUUUUGGUCUUAGACAUUGACGUGACUUAGUCGUUGUAUGUUAAAUCACGCAAAUAUAAAAUUUAUAAAACUAGAAAAUACGAAUUUUCGGAUAUUUAGAAGUAUUUCAAAAUAAAUAUAUCAAUUAUAAUUCAAUAAAAAUUCCAAAAAUAGCGAUAAUUUUUCAAGUCAAUCACAGGGAUGUAAUAUAAUAUCUGGUAAUUAUUCAGAAUUUUUCUCAAUGAAUACGAUUUUCUUACGAAUUUUAUACUAGGAAAUAAAAAGGAAAUAUAUUUAAAAUUCACGAAAAAAAAGGAAAUAAGGGUGCGGGCGUCAAGAUGACGUCAACACCCGGUGAACGCGAAUCAGGCGGAAACAGAGUUCCGCCUGGCGAUUCUUAUGUAAGCGAUUACAGAUGACUUAAUUAAUCAAAUUAAGAUCUGUAAAAGUCGAAAGAAUCGUAAUUUAACGAAUUAUAGUUUGGUAAAUUAAAAUCACACAAAGUAUCACUAAAUGAAGCGUAAAUUAAAUUGAAAGUAGGAAAACAGAGUUCCGGCGUCACGACGGCGAUACGUCGGCGAUGCACCAGAAUCCUAAGCAUUCAGGAGGAUUGUCGUGCAGUGUCCAUGGCCUCGAAGGCUCUCCUUGGACAAAGACAACGUGGGCAAUCUCUAGAUCUUCUCGCGAAGUCUAGAGAUCAAUGAAGUGGGUCGUCAAAUCAUCUCCGGUGGCUGUCACCCGGCGGAGCGGAAAAACGGCGACUUUGCGGCUCUCCGGCGGCUGUCACCCGACGGAGAGGAGUUGGAUGGAGGUGGGGCGCGUGUCAGGGAGCUUCAUCCUUAGGUCCGCACAGCAAGAGGUGGCUCUUCAUUGCAUCUGGUACGCUCUCAGGAGGUGGCGACUAGUCUCCUGGCGGAUCGUCCUCUUCCUGACGACGGCUUGUUCGUCGAUCAAUUGGAGAUGAUUUACUCGAUGGAUUCGCGAUCCUUUUAUCGUGAAUCGUUCAGCAAUUUUAGUAGCAAUGCUCCACGAAUCGCGUUGACGAGAUUUUCACCGAUGAUCCAGCGAUUCUCGUUGCUUAAUCCUUCAUCGGUGAUCUGCAGGAAAGUCGCGAUAAUCAGAUAAAAAUAUAUGAAUUUUGACUCUGGGAGGAUUUGAACCUGCGCCGGUCACCCGCCUCUUCUGAGGAAGGUGGGUUUAGUCCCACAUCAGUUGUACGCCAAUUUUUCGGGCGAAUAUAUAGUAAUGUUAGCUUUGUGAGCAAAGUCCCUUCUCUCGCGUGUAUGACCACUCCUUGCCCCACAACCGGCUGGCCACCGGUGACGUGGAAGGGGAGUGGCGUAUGCGUGCCCUAUCGAUCCCCAAGUCAAGCCGCUCGAGCCCCUGCUCACGGCUUACUCCCCGACUGCGCUUCCAACCUGGUUGCGGGCCUGGCUGGCCGGCGGGUCCUCUCAUUUUUGCAAUAUUUUUAUUUUUAUUUCUUGUUCUUCAUUUAUCUCAAAAGUAAGACUGUAAAAAUCGUAUAAAAUCACAUAAUUACCCAAAACUUCACGUUUAUCAAUUGAAAACCAAAAAUCAUUCUUUAACACAAAUAUAAGUCUAUUUAUCAUGAGUUAAGGCUAAAACUAUAUUAUUUACUAAUUAUUAACUCAUGAUAAUGAAGACUUAUCAGACAUUAAUGUUAAAGCUAGAUUUAUGUGUUUUAAUUAGUUUUAUUUUUUGACUUUAUUUUGUUAACUUGCAAAAGAAAUAUAGGAUAUAUUGUUAAUUUUAAAAGUCAAGUUAAAAUAUUUAGUAGUAUUUUUUAUUAUUGAAAUAAAAAUAAUAAAAUAUAAAAAAUUCUUUCGUAUGCUAGCAAGGUAGCACUUGGCAGUUGACCUAGAGGGGGGACAACAAUCAACUGGGUAGACCCAGACGAAGGGAGCCACGAGUUGGGCUCGAGUGACGAAGGCCUCACUCUACACACGUGUGCGCCACUCUCCUUUUACAUCCUAGUGGCCAACCAGUCAUGGGGCAAGGAGUUCUCAUAAACACGUGCGUGCACGAGGGCGGACCACCUUAUUGCCUUCUCCUAAGAUGGUUCUAGACAUUAUUUUAUUUUGGGAGAAGGGAUCUUUGCUGAGAGAGAUAAGCUUUAGUUUCUAUUCAGUACAUACAUCCAAUAUAUUUCCAGUGUUGAACUAAAUAUUUUCGCUUGUUCUAGCAUAGCCAUCUAGAGCAUGGUGUGAUCUAGUAGUACACAAAGAGUCAUGUCAUCAAAUUAGCCAAAUCUUGUGGCUGGCAAACCACCACAAUACCAUAUGUGUAAAGCAAUCCAUCGACAGUUUAUGAAUUCGACAUUGCUCAACACACAUGUGGGCUUAAAGGAUGAUUUGACAGCUAUGAAGGUGCCAUGGUACCAAGAACUUAAGUUUUCGAUCGAUAGUGGUUUGUAGCAGGUUGAUCCUAUGUUGUUCAAUGUGCCAUGUACCAAGCUCAUCUGAUCUAGUGGCUCUUGAAGCACCACGACACUAGGAACUUAAGUUCUCACACAAAUCAUCAUCAGGGAUAUAAAGAUAAUAAUUGAUUAUUUUCUAGUAAAAUAGAUAUUAUUGAUUAUCGUUAAAGUCCUGAUGGUAGUCAAAAAUACGGCAAGCUAUUAUUCCCUUCUUUUACGCAAUCGACAUCUUCAGUGAUUGGCAAGUUUCUUCCUUCCUCCUUUGACUACACUCAAGGCCUCUAACAAGUGGUCAGCUCUUCUCUUCUCCCCUUAGACAACGCUGACAGCUUGGCAACCCUUAUUUCAGCAAAUCUCUUUGGAAAGUGGCACAGUGCUUUUGGAUGAUACUUCUAUGACUUCCGGCGUGGUGUGGCAUGUUUGGACAAAACCAAACUACCACAUUGGUGUCUCUAGUUAUCUAGGAGGUAGACUAAACUUGGGCAAUGAUUUAUUUCCUAUUUUCAGCAUUUACUUAUCUGCUUUUGUCAUUUAUUUACAUUUUACGAUAAGUUCUUUCCAUUUCAUGCACGUUUUGAUUGAAAUGAGUAGAACUAAUUCAAAACUUGAUGAAUGAUCUUCAUUCUUCUUGUAAAUCCUCCAAGACUCGUAUGAGAUUAAGCUAAGAUCAUUUCUAACUUUUUCUAUUGAUUUUUACAAUUGAAUCUUGACAUAUUCAUGUUCUCAAUAUUCUACGAAUAACAAGUUUUUUUUAUUUUCAAAUGCAAAAUCACCGAGAUUAAAGGUUGAUUAAUGAGCAUUCAAUGGUUUAAAUAAGCUAGAGACAUUCAUGACUAAUCUCAUGUCAUGUGUGUGAAUCCUCGAGCACACAUUCGUCUGAGAAAAUAGGAUGACCAUAUUUCUCUUUUUCUUCAUUUUCUUCUUAUUUCUCUCUCUCUCUCUCUCGUGAGACCUCUCUUCUUUCUCUAUCUCUUGUGAGACCUCUCUUCUCUCUUCAUCUCUCAUAAGAUCUCUCCCUUUCUCUCCCUCUCUCUUGAUUGAUUUCAUUCUCUUUCUCUCUCUCGAUUGAUUUCUCUCUCCUUCUCUCUCUCUGCCUCAUGUGAGAUUUCUCUCCUCCACUCCCUUUCUCUUCCUUUCACGAGAGAUCUGAUCCCUUCUCUCUCUCAUGAGAGCUUUCUCUCCUCCGCUCUCUUUCUUUUCCUUUCAUGAGAGAUCUCAUCCCUUUUCUCUCAUAAGAACUCUCUCUUCUCCUCGCUCUUUCUCUCCCUUUCAUGAGAGAUCCCAUCCCUUCUAUCUCUCGUGUGAGCUCUCUCUUUCUCUCUCUCUUUUCCCCCUUCCUUUUUUUCUCCCUUCCCUUCCUUUAUUCUUCUCACCUCACCCUUCUACUUUAUAUUUAUGUUAAAUAUUAACAAAAUAUUAAAACCACUUUAUAUAUAAAUUAAAUUAUUUUUUAUGACAGAUUAGUCAAUCUCCUUGUGUUCAACUUGAGACUUAAUUCUAUAAUAAUAUUUUAUUAAGUUUUAGGUAUAAAUAUUAUUAGAUAGUGUGUAUUUAAACUCAACAAUAAGUACACACUAAUGACAUUGUCAUAUGAACUAAAACAAAUGACUAUCAUUUUUAGACGUUGAUGUGACUUAGUUGUUGUAUAGUAAAUCACACAAAUUCAAAAUUUAUAAAACUAGAAAAUACAAAUUUUUAGAUAUUUAGAAGUAUUUCUGAAUAAAUAUAUCAAUUAUAAUUCCAUAAAACUUCAAAAAAUAGCAGUAAUUUUCCAAGUCAAUUAAAGGGAUGUAAUAUAAUAUCGGCUAAUUAUUCAGAAUUUUUCUCAAAGAAUACUAUUUUCUAUGAAUUUUAUACUAGAAAAUAAAAAUUAAAUAUAUUUAAAAUUCACGAAAAUGGGGACGUCAAGAUGACAUCAACACCCAGCAAACAUGAAUCGGGCAAAACAGAGUUUCAUCUGAUGAUUCUUACUUAAGUGAUUAUAGAUGAUUUAAUUGAUCAAAUUAAGUUCUAUAAAAGCCAAAAGAAUCGUAAUUGAAUGAAGUAUAUCUUGGUAAAUUUAAAUCACACAGAUUAUCACUAAAUGAAGUAAAAAUUUAGUUGAAGUAGGAAAACAGAGUUCUGGUGUUGUGGCAACAAUGCGUUAGUGAUGCACUAGAUUCUUGAGCAUUCGGAAAGAUUAUUCUACAGUGUCCAUGGCCUUGAAGGCUCUCCUUGAACAAGAAUGACAUGGGCAACCUCUAGAUUUCUUUGCAAAGUCUAGAGAUCAAUAAAAUGGGUCGUCGAAUCGUUUGUAGCAGUUGUCACUUGGCAGAGUAGGGCGGGCAACCGGCAUAGGUUUGAAUCCUCCUAGAGCCAAAACUCAUAUUUUUUUAUUUGAUUAUUACGACUUUCCUACAGAUUCUCAGUGAAGGAUUAAGCAACUAGAAUCGCUGGAUCAUUGGCAAAAAUCUCAUUAAUACGAUUUAUGGAGCAUUGUUACUAAAAUUUUUGAACGAUUCAUGAUAAAAGGAUCGCGAAUCCAUCGAGUAAAGCAUCUCCGAUUGAUCGAUGAACAAGCCAUCAUCAGGAAGAGGAUGAUCCAUUAGGAGAUGAGUCGCCACCUCCUGAGAGCGUACUAGAUGAGAUGAAGAGCCUCUUCUUACUGUGCGGAGGUGAGGGUGAAGCUCCUUGACAGGCGCCCCACCUUCAUCUAGCUCCUCUCUAUCGGGUGACAACCAUUGGGUGACAACUAUCAAAGACAAUUUGACGACCCAUUUCAGUGAUCUCUAGACUUCACAAGAAGAUCUAGAGUUUGCCCACAUCGUCCUUGUCCAAGGAGAGCCUUCAAGGCCAUAGACACUGCACGACGAUCCUCCCGAAUGCUUAGGAUUUCGGUGCAUUGCUGACGCAUCACCGCCGCGAUGCCGGAACUCUUUUUUCUUACUUUUAACUUACUUUAUGGUUCAUUUAGUGAUAAUUUGUGUGAUUUUAAUUUACCAAAAUAUACUUCGUUCACUUAUAAUUCUUCUGGCUUUUACAAAUCUUAAUUUGAUCAAGUAAAUCGUCUAUAAUCGCUUACAUAAGAAUCACCAAGUGGAACUCUAUUUCCGCUUGAUUCAUGUUUGCCGAAUGCUGACGUCAUCUUGAUGUCCACACCCUUAUCUCCCUUUUACGUGAAUUUUAAAUAUAUUUUCUUUUCAUUUACUAGUAUAAAAUUCAUAGAAAAUAGAAUUCUUUGAAGAAAAUUUUGAAUAAUUAUCAGAUAUUAUAUUACAUCCUUGUGAUCGAUUUAGAAAAUUACUACUAUUUUAUAAAUUUUAUUUAAUUCUACUUGAUAUAUUUUUUUAAAAAUACUUCUAAAUAUCUGAAAAUUCAUAUUUUCUUAUUUUAUAAAUUUAAAAUUUAUGUGAUUUACUAUACAACAACUAAGUCACGUCAAUACACUCUCAAGAGGUGGCGACUCAUCUCCCAGCGGAUCAUCUUCUUCCCGAUGAUGACUUAUUUGUCAAUCAAUCAGAGAUGCUUUACUCAAUGGAUUCGUAAUCUUUUUAUCGUAAAUCGUUCAAUAAUUUUAGUAACAAUGCUCUACGAAUCAUGAUAAGUUUUCAUUAUCAUGAGUUAGUAAUUAAGUAAAUAAUAUAGUUUUAGCCUUAACUCAUGAUAAAUAGACUUAUAUUUGUGUUAAAGUGUGAAAAUUAGUUUUCAAUUGAUUACAUAAAAUUUUUAGGUAAUUAUGUGAUUUUGAGAUAAAUGAAGUAAAAGAAAAUAAAAUAAAAAUAUAGUAAAAUGGGGGGACCCACUAGCUAGCCGGGGCCCCAAGUGAGUCGGAAGCUCAAUUAGGGAGUAGCCACGAGCAGAGGCUCGAGUGGCAUGGACCGAUAGGGGCACGAGUGCGCCAUUCCCCUUCCAUGUCACUAGUGGCCAGCCAGUUGUGGAGCAAGGAGUGGUCGUACACAUGAGAGAAGGGACUUUCCUUAGAAAUCUAACAUUAGUAUAUAUUCACCCGAAAAAUCGGCGCACAACCAAUGUGGGACUAAACCCACCUCACACCUUCCUUAGAAGGGGCGAGGCAACUGGUGCGGGUUCGAAUCCUCCUAGAGUCAAAAGUCAUAUAUUUUUAUUUGAUUAUUGUGACUUUCUUGUAGAUCACUGGCGAAGGAUUAAGCAACGAGAAUUACUAGAUCAUCAGCAAAAAUCUCGUCAACGCGAUUCGCAGAGCAUUGCUACUAAAAUUAUUGAAUGAUUCGCGAUAAAACGAUCGCAAAUUCAUCAAGUAAAUCAUCUCUGAUUGAUUGACGAACAAGCCAUCAUCAGGAAGAGGACGAUCUGCUUGGAGACAAGUCGCCACCUCCUGAGAGUGUACCAAAUGCGAUAAAGAGCCUCUUCUUGCUGCGUGGACUUGAGGAUGAAGCUCCCUGACAUGGGCCUCACCUCCAUCCAGCUCCUCUCUAUCAAGUGACAGUCGCCAGAGAACUGCAAAGUCACAAUUUUUCUGCUCCGCCAGGUGACAGCCACCAAAGACGACUCGACGACCUAUUUUAUUGAUCUCUAGACUUCAUGAGAAGAUCUAGAGAUUGCCCACGUCGUCUUUGUCUAAGGAGAGCCUUCGAGGCCAUGGACACUACACGACGAUCCUCCCAAAUGCUUAGAAUUCUAAUGCAUCACUGACGCAUCGCCGUCGUAAUGCCAGAACUCUAUUUUCCUACUUUUAACUCACCUUACGCUUUAUUUAGUGAUAGUUUUUGUGAUUUUAAUUUACCAAAAUAAACUUUGUUCUAUUACGAUUCUUCUAGCUUUUACAAAUCUUAAUUUGAUCAAUUAAAUUGUCUAUAAUUGCUUACAUAAGAAUCACCAGAUGGAACUCUAUUUUCGUCCGAUUCGUGUUUGCCGGGUGCUGAUGUCAUCCUGACGUUUGCACCCUUAUUUCACUUUUUUGUGAAUUUUAAAUAUAUUUUCUUUUCAAUUCCUAAUAUAAAAUUCAUAAAAAACCGUAUUCAUUGACAAAAACUCUGAAUAAUUACGAGAUAUUAUAUUACAUCCUUGUGAUCGACUUGGAAAAUUAUCGCUAUUUUUAGAAGUUUUAUAGAAUUAUAAUUUAUAUAUUUAUUCAGAAAUACUUCUAAAUAUCCAAAAAUUUAUAUUUUUUAGUUUUAUAAAUUUUUGAUUUGCAUGAUUUAAUAUACAACGACUAAGUCGCGUCAAAUUUGGCACCAUUGCUAGUGAUGUAUUGCAUAAUAUUUAGUAUUUUUCUAUUUUUCUCUUAGAGUACACAAAAAAAAUUAACUCUUGUUUUAUUUUCUUUUUUCCAAUUUUUUUUUAGAAAAAGGGAAGGAAAAGAAGCAAUGAAAGGACUGGAGCAUACUAAAGGAGGGUAACAAUUACUAAAUUUUUCCCUCAAAUUUAUUGAUUUUUAUGCAUGAUAGAAGAAGAUCCUUGCAACCAAGGCUAGAAAAUCCUUUCAUUAUUUCAUUCAAAACUAAAAAUCCGAAAAAAAAAAUAAUUUUAAUGGAUCCUGAAAGAAGUACAGGUCAAACUGAGAGCAAUCCUAUGGCCAUUGAAAAUCAUUAUAUCUCGUAUUCAUUUCAAAGAGCAUCCAAUAUUAGAGUCCCAUUAGCACCAACUAUUAAAUUUGAAAUAAAUCUAGAAAAUUUUCAAAUGCUCUCUAAUUUUCAUGGAUUGCUUUAGAGGAACCUCAUCAGCACUUAGAAAAAUUUUAUAUGGUCUGUGAUUUAGUUAAUCUCUCUCAAGUUACAUCGGAAAUUAUUAAGAUGAAAUUAUUUCCUCAUACACUUAGGGACAAAGCUAGUCAUUGGCUAUCUACAUUAGAUAGAGAAUUAACUAGCUGGAAAGACAGAACAGGCCUUUCUUCAAAAAUUUUAUCUCUUAGGAAAAACUCAAAAUAUGAGAAAAUAUAUAUAGAAUUUUCUCAAAGACCAAGAGAAACUUUACAUGAGACAUGGGAAAAAUUCAAAGAUUUACUUAGAAAGUGUCCUCAUCAUGCUAUACCCAAGUGGCAGCUUAAUAGAAUUUUUAUGGUGGAUUAUUAGAACAACAUAAAAAUAUGGUUGAUUCUAUAUGUGGAAGAACUUUUAUGGAGAAAACUCCUGAUAAGAUUUAUAGUCUUUAUGAGAAUCUAUAUGAAAAUUCUAGAGAUCAAGCCUCUUUUGAAUUAUAUGAUAGGGAUAAGAAGAGAGGAGUUUAUGAAUUGCAUCAUGAUGAUUAUUCUAAAUUUAGAAAUGAGGUUAAUCAGAUUAAUCAAAUAUUAGAAAAAAUUGAUUUACUUAUUGACAAUAUUAGAAAGCCUCUUAACCCUCAAUUUAAUUCAAAUAGUAUACGUCCUAUGUAUGGUGAAAAUGAUCAUUUCAAAUUUCAAUAUCAUCCUAGGCAAGAACAAGUGCAAGUACCCCACGAUUUUAGUAAAAAUUAGGAAUAUUUUUCUAAUUCUUAUAAUCCUAAUUGGGGAAAUAAUUUUUGGUGGAGAAACCCAAAUAAUAUUCAAAAUCCAGAAGCACUUAGAUUCAAUUCAAAUUUUGAAUUUCAUCCAAAAUAAAAACACAGAUUUCAGAAAAAUCAGUCCUCUCAAAUCCAACUUGAUGCUAUGGAAAUGAUGCAGCAAAUGAGCCAAAUGAUGCAACAAACUAUGAAUCAAAUGAUGCUGCACUAGAAACAAAUUAUAGAGGCUCUUGGGGAUAAGAGAAAAAAGAGACAGCUACCUAGUCAGCCCAUAGAAAAUUUAGGAAACUGUCCAAUAGUAGGAUUUCAGCAAGAAGAGUCUAGCUGGAUAAAUUUAGAAAAAAACCCACAAAAUAAAUAUUAGGACAGUGAAUACAUUGAGUGAGAAUAUUUUACCUGAUCUUUAUUUCCAAUUAUUAGAAGAAAUUGAUGAUCCAUUAGAAGUAAAUAAGAAUAUUAAGGCCAAAAAUAUAGUAGCAGAAAAUUUGAAUAAAAUUAUUUAUUGCUUGCAAUUAAUGAAUGAAUAUAGUGAGGAUGAUGAGGAGAAAGAGCCCUUAGAUGAAGAAACAACAGUUGAUCAUGGAAAAAUCAUCUAAAUUUUAGUAGAAGGGAGUAAGGACAGAAAUGAAGAAAAACAUAUUUCAGGUGAGGAAAAAUCAAUUGAUUUGGGAGAUGUAGGAGACGAAAUUAAUGAAUCUAAUCAUAAUUUUGCAGCCAUGGAUGUUGAUACUAAGGAUGAUGAUGUAUAUCAGAUACAGAAAUUAAAAGAUAGCUCUUGGAAUGAUGAAGAAUUUGAUGAGUUGAGAAAUGAAAAGCUAGAAAAAGAGUUGAUUCAACUAAUAGGGAGAAACGAAAAUAAUGGAUAUGAAUAUAGAGAUAAUUUUAGAAGAGAAAAUUUGAAUUUUACUGAAUUCAGUAGAUCUGAGAUUAGAGAAGAAAAUCCUUCCAUCCUUCAAAACUCACAGUCCAUUAGAAUUAUUUCUAAGCUUGAAAUAUUUCACUCCUCGCAAAUUGAAAAAAUAUGUAUGGAAGAUAAAAUGGAGCAGGGGAAGAUUAUGCAGAUAAAAGAAGAAAUUAAGAAAUGGGUGAGUGGAAGAAUUAGAAAUACCAAUUUAGAUGAAAAAAAUUUAGAUUGGGCAAAAGCUAAUUUGAAAGUUAUAUGGCCUGAUCACAUUUUAUGGUUUAUUAAUAGAAAGUAUUUAUUAAUGAAUGAGAGCCUAACAAAACAAGAUAGAAAUAAGGAAAGAUUCUUUUCAAAAUGGAAAUAUUAUUUUUGGGAAAAUUUUGUUAAUUUCCAUUUUGUUUUGGUUGAAAUUAUGUCAAGGUAUAUAUAUGAAGUAUAUGAAUUUAUGCUAAAUCUGAAAAAGAAUAUCAUGAAACUUACCUUGGGAUACAAAUAUAUUUUGAUGGCCAUAGAUCAUCUUAUAUGAUCUAAGAGCUGUCCAGCUGAAGACAUUAAAUUGAGCGCUGCAUUGGAGGCAACCCAUGGUUUUUAUUUCAUUCUAUUUGAUCUUUUUUAAGCUUUGUUUUUCUUAGAAUUUUGCAGUACUUGUUUCUGUAUUUGUUUUUUCAAAAAAGUGCAAGAGGAGGAGUGUAAGAUGAAGUGAAGAAUUAAAAACGAGGUUGAGGUGAUGUCUUUCUGAGCUUAAUCAUUUAUGACAACAUUUUUAAUGCUUAACUUUACAUAUAUGUAUACUUCACUUGAAAAUUAUAUUUUCUGCAUAUUUUGUUUUAAUUUUUUUGUGUCAUUGAGGACAAUGUCAUUUUUAAGUUGGGGGGUGAAGUAUUCAUUAUUAACUUAUGUUGUAGGACAAUUAAGAACAUGUGUUUGUAUUUUAUUCAACUUAGAACAGCAAGUAAAAAAAUAAAAAUAAAAUAAAAUUCAGAAAAACUGCAACAUCUAUUUUCUGAUUUUCUGUCAGGAACAAUAGACUGUCAAAAAUAACAAACAAACAAAUACCCCAAAAUUUGAAAUUCUAGAGACCCUUUUCUCACAUUUCAAUCCCCUAGAUAUAUAUUACUGAAAUUCGAAAUUACAGUUAUAAAGAGGAUAGUUUUGAUUUAUUUUUGACAAAUUUAUUGUGCUAAAAAUAAAACUAAAAACAGAAAAUAAAACUAUUAGAUUUAUAAAUUUCUUACUUCAUAUUGCAUGCAUGAAAAAUUAAAUCAAUUAGAUUGAUUGAUACCAAAAGACACUAGGAAGAUUAUUAUUGAGUCAAAAGAAUGAUCUAGUAGCAUGAAAUGUUAGAAUACUCCCUAGAUACAUGAUAGAUAACAUGGAUUUGAUUUUACAGAUUUUCACUUCAUGAUACUUGAGAUUUGUAAAUUUUUAUUUUCAUAACUCCAUUGCUAAGGGACUAGCAAUGAUUUAAGUUGGGGGGUGUGAUAAGUCUUCAUUAUCAUGAGUUAAUAAUUAGUAAAUAAUAUAGUUUUAGCCUUAACUCAUGAUAAAUAGACUUAUAUUUGUGUUAAAGAAUGAUUUUUGGUUUUCAAUUGAUUAACGUGAAUUUUUGGGUAAUUAUGUGAUUUUAUACGAUUUUUACAGUCUUACUUUUGAGAUAAAUGAAGAACAAGAAAUAAAAAUAAAAUAUUACAAAAAUGGGGGGACCCGUCGGCGAGCCGUGCCCGCAAGCGGGUCGGAAGCACAGUCGGGGAGUAAGCCGCGAGCAGGGCUCGAGCGGCUUGGCUUGGGGACCGACAAGCACGCGUACGCCACUCCCCUUCCACGUCACCGGUGGCCAGCCGGCUGUGGGGCAAGGAGUGGUCGUACACGCGAGAGAAGGGACUUUUGCUCACAAAGCUAACAUUACUUUAUAUUCGCCCGAAAACUCGGCGUACAACCGAUGUGGGACUAAACCCACACCUUCCUCAGAAGAGGCGGGGGGCAACCGGCGCGGGUUCGAAUCCUCCUAGAGUCAAAAUUCAUAUAUUUUUAACUGAUUAUCGUGACUUUCCUGCAGAUCGCCGGUGAAGGAUUAAGCAACCGGAAUCGCUGGAUCAUCGGCGAAAAUCUCGUCAACGCGAUUCGCGGAGCAUUGCUACUAAAAUUGCUGAACGAUUCGCGAUAAAAGGAUCGCAAUCCAUCGAGUAAAUCAUCUCCGAUUGAUCGACAAACAAGCCGUCGUCGGGAAGAGGACGAUCCGCCGGGAGACCAGUCGCCACCUCCUGAGAGCGUACCAGAUGCGAUGAAGAGCCUCCUCUUGCUGCGCGGACCUGAGGAUGAAGCUCCCUGACACGCGCCCCACCUCCAUCCAGCUCCUCUCCGUCGGGUGACAGCCGGCGGAGAUGAUUCGACGACCCACUUCAUUGAUCUCUAGACUUCGCGAGAAGAUCUAGAGAUUGCCCACGUCGUCUUUGUCCAAGGAGAGCCUUCGAGGCCAUGGACACUUGACAUGACUCAGUCGUUGUAUAUUAAAUCAUGCAAAUAUAAAAUUUAUAAAACUAGAAAAUACGAAUUUUUGGAUAUUUAGAAGUAUUUCAAAAUAAAUAUAUCAAUUAUAAUUCAAUACAAAUCCCAAAAAUAGUGGUAAUUUUCUAGGUCGAUCAAAGGAAUGUAAUAUAAUAUCUAGUAAUUAUUCAGAAUUUUUCUCAAUGAGUACAAUUUUCUUACGAAUUUUAUACUAGGAAAUAAAAAGGAAAUAUAUUUAAAAUUCAUAAAAAAAAAGAGGAAAUAAGGGUGCGGACGUCAGGAUGACGUCGGCGCCCGGCGAACGCGAAUCAGGCGGAAACAGAGUUCCGCCCGGUGAUUCUUACGUAGGCGAUUACAGACGACUCAAUUAAUCAAAUUAAGAUCUGUAAAAGCCGGAAGAAUCGUAGUUGAACGAAGUAUAGUUUGGUAAAUAAAAAUCAACAAAGUAUCACUAAAUGAAGCGUAAAUUAAAUUGAAAGCAGGAAAACAGAGUUCCGGCGUCGCGACGGCGAUGCGUCGGCGAUGCACCGGAAUCCUGAGCGUUCGGGAGGAUCGUCGUGCAGUGUCCACGGCCUCGAAGGCUCUCCUUGGACAAAGACGACGUGGGCAAUCUCUAGAUAAAGCAGGAAAACAGAGUUCCGGCGUCGCGACGGCGACGCGUCGGCGAUGCACCGGAAUCCUGAGCGUUCGGGAGGGUCGUCGUGCAGUGUCCACGGCCUCGAAGGCUCUCCUUGGACAAAGACGACGUGGGCAAUCUCUAGAUCUUCUCGCGAAGUCUAGAGACCAAUGAAGUGGGUCGUCGAAUCGUCUCCGGCGGCUGUCACCCGGCGGAGCGGAAAAACGGCGACUUUGCGGCUCUCCGGCGGCUGUCACCCGACGGAGAGGGGCUGGAUGGAGGUGAGGCGCGUGUUAGGGAGCUUCAUCCUCAGGUCCGCGCAGCAAGAGGAGGCUCUUCAUCGCAUCUGGUACGCUCUCAGGAGGUGGCGACUGGUCUCCCGGCGGAUCGUCCUCUUCCCGACGACGGCUUGUUCGUCGAUCAAUCGGAGAUGA